ACUUACACAAUAAUAAUAAUGCAAGGCAUGAUGGGAAAUGGAGUCAGGAGUCUGCACGCGUUUAUAAUCACAACGUGCCUUAGAUAAUAGAAGAUGCACACGUUUCCUCCUCCUCCUCCUCCUCCUCAUCUUCCACCUCUUAAAUAUCUGAUAGAUUAUCAUCAAUCUUGACCAUUAAUUAUGUGUCAUCAUACCGUAAAACAUUGAUUAAGUAAUUCACUUAAUUUAUAGGUCGAACAUGUCUCAUAUUUUUUCACAUCUCAGUGGCAUUUAUUAGAACUGCGUUGAGCUAAAAAGGACGCAGUUGUGCGGAUUCCCACAGUAAUUAAGUGUAAUGAAUACAGGUGUGUUUGCUGUAACUAUGGAUGUCCUCUGGUGUGGAGACAGGACACAGAAACAGGACAACGCCGUGUUAAGAAGAAUGACACUGACUAGUUACUGUUUCAAGAAAAAAAAAUAUAUAUAUAUAUAUAUUUACAGCCUAUAACCAGAAGGACACCCAGAAGGCUAAAAUUCAACAAUGCGGGCAAUUAAAAGAACUGGAAAAAACAAAACAGAUCAUGAAGCUGUAUAUUUUCCUCCCAUUUCCAAACAUCAUGUUAAGUCACAACCACAAAAAACCUCAACGUAUCACGUUGCUCCUUAUUCCAAAUUGAGUCUGGAGUUUGAUCUGCAAGUCACUGCUCACCUCAAAUACCAAUUACAACAAGGACAUCUUAAGACUUCCGGCCAUUAUUUAACUCCUGGAGAGAAGAAAACUGAAGAUGUGACCUUAGAGACCACUAAAAGGUUUUUGUUGAAGGACAAGGCAUUGAAGACCUCAUUUCAAGUCAGUGGCAUUGCAGGCACAUUGCCACAGUUUCUGCCAGGCUUAAUCAGGGAGGAGAAAUCGGACAAAGAAGCUUUGCCAUAUUGUUCAUUCAAAGCAUCAUACCUGGGCUCUACUCAGGGAACAUGUGGUGGCUGUCCAGAGAAGAGAGAGAGUUCAAGUUCUAAGAAAUUGGAUGAGAAAAGUCAUUAUGUGCAGGAUUGUAUGAGAACAAAUUCACUGCAGUGUCAUGUCAAGAAGAGGAUUAUGAUUUAUUUGUGUGGAGGAUAUAAAGAUACAGUUGUAGAGCGUACUGCACUGAUGGAGAGAGUGUAUCCUCAGCUGUAUGUUUUCUGUAAGCAGAGAGCAUAUGAUUUCAGGAUGAUUGACCUGCGCAGAGGUGUGGAAGACCCUGUUACUGACCACCAUGAUUCAGUAGAGUUACAUUUAGAGAUACUUAAGAAGUGUCAAGAGACAGAGGGGCCAGACUUUUUUCUGUUCACGGGUCAGAAGCAUGAGUUCCAGUCAUUACCAACCACCAUCUCUCAAAAAGACUUUGAGACAAUUUUGAAUAUUGUUAUAAGAGACCGGGAAAGAGCUUCAAGGAGGAAGUCAAACUUGGAAGAAUCAACCACAGAAAUUCAAUCCAGCAUUACCAUUUCCAAUAGCAAGGGUAAUAAUUUCAUACCAGAUCCAGGGAGGUGUGAAAAGGAGAGGAGUACAGGAAGCACUGCUUUAAUGAGUCAAAACACCAAUUCCUAUGAAGAAGAUGGAGAACGGGCUUGCUUAGCGAGAUGUUGGGCAGACUUUGAUCGGGAUUUGGCAUUAUUGCUAAAAUGGUACCGACUAGAUGAGAACACAGUUCCACCUGUGUACCGCCUGCUGCCUGUCAGUACACACCACCCUGAAUUUCUGAGCCGUGAUGGGGAGCGUAGGAAAGCAGCAAAGAAAGCAUGGUAUUUGACCUGUAAGCAAAUGUGUCGGGUGCUUCAGAGUAAUGGACAAGAAGCCAUUGGAGAGGCAGAAACAUUGUUUCUGCUUAGGACAGUACUAGACUGGGAGGUAGAACAGGGUCUUGGAGCGAAGCUCCCUGCUGAGGUGUACAGUCACUGUUAUAAGCGCAAAAUCACUGACCUGAUGUAUAACCUGAAGAGUGAAUAUGCCUCACAGUUCAUUGACCUGCAGAAAGGCAGAGCAGAGCUCAACCACACCAUGUAUCAAGCACAGCAAUGCUUCAUCCACAACAUCCACAGGAAGCUUCGGCACACUAAUAUCUAUGAGAUUAACGUGAGCUGGGGUAAGAAAGGUCUCAGUCCCAAACAUAACAGAUCACAUCAGUUCUACACAGAACAUCUCUGUUCUCAUUUCCUACGCACAGUCAUGGCAGACAUCAACAGAGUGAUGCAUGUAAGACCAAUCAAAAGCUCUUUUGAUAUCAUGAGAAAAGAAGCUUUACAAGCUCAAAUUCAGGAGGAGAUUAAUCUUCACAUUAAACAUGGAAAAACACUAGCACAGAACUUUGAGCUUAGGCAGAACUUCCUGCUGGAAGUCAGGGAUGCCCUGCAAAAGUCAACCUCAUCCCAGAAUGCGUUGCUGCUGUUAGGAGAGCCAGGUUCAGGAAAAAGCACCAUUCUGGCCAAGAUGACACAGCUUUUACCGACUUGGAUACCUGGAAAUGUGACAGUGUUGGUGCGUUUUGUUGGACUGACAUCGGACAGCAGAAAUGUGCGUCUUCUUCUGCAAUCGAUUUGUACACAGAUAGCGGAAAUCUACUGCAAAAGCACAGAGAUAUCAGAGUCCUUGGCACAGCUGUGCAAUGAGCUGCAUUCUUUGCUGAUGUUGGUGAAUGAGAACAGGCCUCUGGCUCUGGUGCUUGAUGGUCUGGAUGAGCUGAGUGAAGAACAUGGAGCAGAUUUAUCCUGGCUCUACCUAUCUCCUGUUCCUCGACAUGUCUACACUAUCCUGUCUGUCAACACACAAUCCACUACUUCCCACUUGCUACAGAGCCUUGCCAAGGUCUCAGUUCUUGCCAUUCCUCCUCUGAGUAGUGAGGAAAUCAAAGCCACUCUGACCGCUAAGCUUGUCUCUGAUUCUAAUCAGCUUCGAGGGGACCAGUGGAACCUCUUACUACGCUCGUGUCGCUUCUGUCCUUUUCCUAUGUAUCUUAGAUUUGCCUACAGUGAAGGUAGAAAGUGGACCUCCUUCUCGUCACCAGAACAGCUCUCCCUUCCUGGGGAUGUCAAAAGUCUAUUCCUGACCCUUUUGACACGUUUAGAGCGUGAGUAUGGUGAGAAUUUGGUGCGACGUACUACUUCACUGAUCUCGCUAUCACAUGAUGGAGUGACAGAAGAGGAACUUCUGAAACUGUUAGGACAUGACAGGCAAGUUGCUCAGGAGCUUACACAGUUAUACAAUCACACUCCAACCACCUCAGGAUUUCCCAGUGUACCUUAUGGUAUUUUGGCCCGGCUGAGGUGGGAACUCAGGCAUCACAUUAUGGAGGUAGAAAGUGAUGGGACAUGGGUAUUAUGCUUUACCCACACCGAAUUUAGGCAUAUCAUCACCCAGCGCUAUUUAAAAACAGAUGACUCAAAGAGAGCUAUCCAUGCCGACUUUGCAGAUUAUUUUAGCUGCAGUGCUUCUGAUAGUCACAUUUUCCAGCCACUCUCAUGGAAUAGAGACGAAGAUGGCAGGAAAAGUUAUGUGUUUAAUUUGCGUAAGCUUCAUGGACUACCCUAUCAUCUCAUACAUUCAGGCCAGAUUCUGUCUCUGCUCAGCAUGUGCCUGUUUAACUACGAGUUCCUGCUGCAUAAAGUCUGGGGUCUGUCCAUCAGCCAUGUAGAAGAGGAUCUGAAUGCUGGUGUCAUGCCAGAUAAAGAGUUGCCUGAUAUAGAUGUUCUGGCCCAGGCUCUCUCUCUCUCACGACCUGUGUUGUUAAAGGACCCAUGCCAACUGGCAUCUCAGUUACUGGGGCGUCUCCUUCACAUUGCUGCCCAGGAUAAGCCUGUGGCUCCAGGUGACCCUAAGCGCUUCUCUUUCUUGCAUGAGCUAUUGAAACAGUGCCAGUACUCAUCAGUGCCUGUCCUGGUGCCAUCUUACAGCUGCCUCCUGCCACCAGGAGGAAUAACACACACACUACUUGCAGGUCAUAUGAGUCCUGUAAAAGCACUGGCCCUGGGUCAUUAUCAUGUAGUAUCAUGCUCUGUGGAUGGGACCCUUAAUGUCUGGAAAAUGGAGGAUUCAGUAACCCUUGUUAAAACCACACCUAGUUCAGUGGGCUGUAAUCCAUACGGUGCUCCUGAUGCACUUGCACUCUGUCUGGAGGACACUGUGUUGGUAUUAAGGAUGGGACACAUACUUCAAGUGCAAGAGGUGCACUCUGGAAAGGUGCUUUACACAGAUGCAGUGUCACUGGAUGUUCCUGUAUUCACAUCUACCUGUGAUGGACAACUGUUGGUGGUCUUUUUUGAUGGCAGCCACAUAGUCAAGGUGUUUGAUUUAGCAGUGUCCUGCUCACUGCUUCACUGUGUGAACCUCACGCUCGGUUGUGACCCCAUUCACAAAGACAACUCCAUUCUGGUCUCCCACAACUCUGUUAACGAUUAUGUUCUCUUUGGAUAUAGAAGUGGCAGAGAAGCAGCUGUUUUCAGUGCUAGAGCAGGGUCAGUAUUGGGUACUUUAAAAGCUCAGCAUCAAGCUGCCUCCAUACAGGCUGUGGAAAUGAACUCUCAGUACUUCCUGCUCUUCUGCAGGUAUCCCUAUAAGAGUCAUAGUGAAAUAAUACACAUAGAGCUCUUCAGCACUGCUUCUUUCCAGUAUCUGCGCUCUAUUAUGGGCUGCAGUCAGGAUUAUAUUUCCCAUGUUACUAUCGAUAAGGGUGGCACACAUAUAGUGGCCUUUUGCCCUUCAACACAUUACGGAAUCACAGAAAUCAUCACCUGGAAUCUAGAGACUGAAGAUCAUAAACAUAUGACACGUUUUCCUGGACAUCUGACUGCAGGCAUAUGUUCUGACCUGCGUUUCUGUGUGGGGUUCUGUAUGGGAGAGCGGCAUCUGCGCUUGUGGAAUCUGGCUUCCAGAAUCUAUGACCAGUCUCUCACAUACAACAUCCACAAAGUACAGAGUGAAGGCAUUCAGAAGAUUAUAGCUAUGGAGAAAUAUCCCAGUUAUGUAGUUUGUCUCAGCACACGACCUGGUACAGUGAGAGUGUGGAACAUAAGGCGAGCACGGUUCAGAGCUCGGCCUGUCCAUGUGGAACACAGCUUAUUCAGCAGUGCUGAUAUUGCCUUGGUGCGAGACCUCAAACUUUACAUCUUGACUGACCGUGGCACUGCCGCCUUCACUGAUACCCCCACACCGGUUUACCAGACCCUUCUGGUGUAUGAUCUACUAACAAAAAGCUGCAUUAAGAAGCAGUCUGGCCUUUUCAUUGUACCCUGCCCUGAACCGGACUACCGACUUAUGAAGGGGGAGCUACUGCUAGGAUUGUCAGAGACUCGUGACCACCUGAUAAUGUGGGACCUGGACUCUGGCUACAUUAGAGGCCGCAUUAAAAUGAACCAUAAGGAUUGUUUGCUAUCCAGCUCCUUGGUUGAUGACAGUCAGCCUCUGAACAUGUCUGUUGGAGAGAGAUCAGAGCUGGUGAUGCCGUGGGAUCGGCGCACAGAGAGCAAAACUGCCAGAAAGAGGAGAGAGGAGACUGAGCUACAGAGGGAGAAAAGAGUGCAACAUUGCUUAGAGAGAGAGAAAUACAACUCCAUAGACCAGUACCUCCUCAGUGGAGAUGAAAAGGUGGUAAUAUGUUCCUACUUCGCCCACCACCUGAAUGUGUUCAGUGUCGUGUCCCAGGAGCACCUGCAUACACUGGAGGAUUGUUGGUCCCUUCUGGAUCUCCGUACUGCGGCACUCACACACUCAGGAAAACACUUGAUCAUCUCUAACUAUAGUGAAAGCCAGCGAUCUCCUUAUCUCACUCUUUGGGACACACAAAAUGGCAGGGUGCAAAAGAGACUAAAAAACGAACCUGGAAUUUGUUGUGUGGCCAUCACAGACGAUGCCAGCAGAAUUGCUUUUGGCAUUGCAAAUUCUAACAAAUUAAAAGUGUGGGAGCCUUUUAGGAGAAAGCACAAGGCCAUUUUAGGAUAUGGGAGCUUGAAGCUGAGUGUGUCCAGCAGGCUUUACAUAACAAAGGGAGGAACCAACGCCAUUUUGCUAUCAGAUGAGGUGAGUGUGUGGGAUCUUGAAGCAGGAACAGUGUUGUCCGUCUUCACUCCCGACUCCAGAAUUCAGUGUAUAUCAAUUGUGGAUGACGAGAAGUGUACUGUUCUAUUAGGUUUCAGUGACAUUUCCACUCUUAUCUGCAUGACCCUUACCAAACAGGGGGUCACUACAGCAGAUAAAAUUGCUGGCCAUGACCAACUUUUCGGGGAGUCCAGCAGCAGUGAAGAGGAGGAGGGCUGAGAGACCAACAGGCCAAGUUAAUUUGCGGGUUAAAAGUGAAUAAUGGAAUACUACUACAAGCAUACACCAUAUGGUAGUAAAGCGAAACAAUGUAAGAAAAACUACUCAUCAGCAAUGGGAUUUGUCAUGUUUUGUUCCUUUAUUAGUCACAAGGCUUUGAGGUCAUAACAAAACUACAGAUCUCAGCUAUACAGAGUGUCUGAAGCAAAAGUCAGUUUCACAUUUAUUGUCAAUAAUUUUGAAUUCAAAAUGUCAUGUGAUUGUGGAAAAGGAUGAAUUAAUUUAGAUAAGAUAUAUUUACUAGGUUUUAGUUUGGUAUUACGACAUUUGGGAACUUGCAUUUUAGUCAUACUUACAUGAUUAUGUGUCUCCUGAUUUGUGUUUUUGACACUGUUGGCUAUUACUAUGCACAAUUUGCAACUAGGCUUUCCUGUUUCUUGUCACAUGAACAUCAUGAAAGAGAAUUGUCAUUAAAACAGCUUCCUCCUGUGUGCUUCAGCUUUACAACUAUAACAAUACAACCAAUUUCUAUACCCUCUGUUUUAUAUAUAUUUUUAAAGUAUAAUUAGUGUGAUAUUUGUGUGAUAUGUAUGUGCUUGACUUUAGUAUGCUUUAUUAAAAAACAAUAUGAAAAUUAAAGUCAGUAAUUGAUUUAAAUGGCAAGUUUGUGGACCAAUAGUUGAAAAUCAAAAACCUGGACAAUUGAAAUAAAUCCGAAAGGUAUUAAUAUAAAACCUACUCUGUUUUGAUUAAUAUAAUACCUACUCUAUAAUACCUAUACUAUUCUAUAAUCAACAACUAAACAAAUGAGCCAAAAUAACCAAAAGCCAAGAGCUAGCAUUAUCAAAUAAGAGCUAAGCUUAGAUUGACAGUAAGCAGUGC